AUGAGUGCCCCACAAACCCCAGGGGAGGCCAUCCUCAUCCCCAAGACUUUUCAUUCGCAACAAAGCCUGAACGAGGUCGUGGAGAGAUACAAAAAUCUCCGGCUGCACGGCCUCCAAGUUGAUCCGAAAUCAUUUAGCUCAACUUACGAAGUAGAGUCCCAAUUUUCUCCUGCGACGUGGCGAUCCCGGCUUCAGAACCCGGCGGGCCAAACAUUCGUCUCAGUCGCCAACUCUGACACGAACAAUGAUACCCAAAUCGAUACUGUGGUAUCUAUAGAGCCCAAAGACCCCGACACAUCACUCCAGCGACUACUGAGAAAAGACUGGAUCGGCAUUGUCACACUGCUAGGUCCAGUCCUAUUUAAGUCAGAUGCCGAUAAAGGGACACCUACCAAACCAUGGAAUGUUUUUAUUGAGGACCGAAACUAUGUCAUUCCCCAGUCUGAUCUGAACAGAGAUGCCAAGAAUGAAUACAUUGUGUACUUGGUUGUUGCGAUGUUUGUCUUACCCGAUGCCCGGCGAAAGGGACAUGCUUCUCGGUUGCUGGAAACUUUAGUCCAGACUGUUCGGAAAGAUGCUAAUGCUCGUGAAGCAUCCAAGGCGAGCAUCACAAUUCAGGUUGAGCCUGAAAAUGGUGCUGCGCAGCGACUGUAUGAGAAGUUGGGGUUUGAGGUGUGGGAUAAGGCGCUUCCGUUGGAUAAUAAGCGUGGAGAGACAAAUUACGUGGUCGCAUUGGUGAAAGAGAUUGACCUGGCCUAG